GGAGGGGAGAAAAUGAAACAGCAGUUUUAAACUUGGAGGACUCAUCAUGGAAGACUCAGAAGGACAUCACUUCAGCUCAGUGGAGGAGGAAACCAGAUACUGGAAAGAGCUGGCUAUGAAAUACAAGCAGUGUGCUGAGAAUACACAGGAAGAACUGCGUGAAUUCCAAGAAGGGAGUCGAGAGUAUGAAGCUGAACUGGAGACUCAGCUGCAGCAAACAGAGUCCAGAAACAGAGACCUUCUGUCAGAAAACAAUCGUCUGCGAAUGGAACUGGAGUCAGUUAAGGAAAAGAUUGAAAUGCAGCAUUCAGAAGGCUACAGGCAAAUCUCUGCACUGGAAGAUGACUUGGAACAGACAAAAGCUAUUAAAGAUCAACUUCAGAAAUACAUUCGAGAACUCGAGCAAGCAAAUGAUGACUUGGAAAGAGCAAAAAGAGCCACUAUAAUGUCUCUGGAGGAUUUUGAACAACGUUUAAACCAGGCUAUUGAAAGAAAUGCAUUUCUGGAGAGUGAACUGGAUGAGAAAGAAAACCUUCUGGAGUCCGUGCAGCGCCUGAAAGAUGAAGCUAGAGAUCUACGACAAGAGCUUGCAGUGCAGCAGAAACAGGAGAAACCCAAGACACCAAUGCGAACUACGCUGGAAACAGAAAGAACGGACACUGCAGUUCAAGCGUCCUUAUCUGUGCCUUCAACUCCCUCUGUGCACCGGGCACCCAACGUCAACAUACCCACCCCUGCGACAUUUAGGAGAGGUCUUGAGGACAGUUACGGUGCAACCCCUCUCACGCCUGCUGCAAGAAUAUCUGCACUUAACAUCGUGGGAGACUUGCUGCGAAAAGUAGGGGCUUUGGAGUCCAAGCUUGCAUCUUGCCGAAACUUUGUGUAUGACCAGUCUCCAAGCAGAGCCACGGUGUCCAUGUACAUGAACAGAGACGUCCUUGAAACACGCCUGAGUCCUCAUCAGCCUCUGUGUGAUACAGGGUUAGUGAAACGCCUGGAGUUUGGAACAUGUCCUUCAAAUAUCCCAGGACCAAUGAGCCAUCCCUCGCAAAGCGUUGUCAAGAUUCUGCUGUGAAAAG